GGGCUGGGAACUGUGGACGAAGGCGACUCGCUGGACGGGCCGGAGUACGAAGAGGAGGAGGUGGCCAUCCCGCUCAAUGCGCCCCCCACCAACCAGUGGUAUCAUGGAAAACUUGACAGAACAAUUGCAGAAGAACGUCUUCGGCAAGCGGGAAAACCUGGAAGUUACCUUAUUCGAGAGAGUGAUCGGAGACCAGGUUCAUUUGUGCUUUCAUUCCUUAGUAAAACAAAUGUCAAUCAUUUUAGGAUUAUUGCCAUGUGUGGAGACUAUUACAUUGGUGGACGUCGUUUUGCUUCACUUUCCGACCUAAUCGGUUAUUACAGUCAUGUGUCCUGUUUGCUGAAGGGCGAAAAGCUUUUAUUUCCAGUAGCACCUCCAGAGCCUGUGGAGGAUAGAAGGAGAGUUCGAGCAAUUUUACCUUACACCAAAGUGCCAGAAACUGAUGAAAUAAGUUUCCUUAAAGGAGACAUGUUUAUUGUCCAUAACGAAUUGGAAGACGGCUGGAUGUGGGUUACAAACCUACGGACAGAUGAGCAAGGUCUUAUUGUGGAAGACCUGGUAGAAGAAGUGGGAAGAGAAGAAGAUCCACAUGAAGGCAAAAUAUGGUUCCAUGGGAAGAUCUCCAAACAAGAGGCUUACAAUUUGCUGAUGACAGUUGGUCAGGUGUGCAGUUUUCUUGUGAGGCCUUCAGAUAAUACACCUGGUGAUUAUUCACUUUAUUUUCGGACCAGUGAAAAUAUUCAGCGUUUUAAAAUAUGUCCAACAUCAAACAAUCAGUUUAUGAUGGGAGGCAGAUACUACAAUAGUAUUGGUGACAUCAUUGAGCACUAUAGAAAAGAACAGAUUGUUGAAGGAUAUUACCUUAAAGAUCCUGUUCCAACGCAGCACCAAGAACAAGUGCUUAAUGAUACAGUGGAUGGAAAAGAAAUCUACAAUACAAUUCGUCGGAAAACAAAGGAUGCCUUUUAUAAAAAUAUUGUCAAAAAAGGUUAUCUUCUGAAAAAAAGUAAAGGAAAGAGAUGGAAAAACUUGUACUUUAUAUUAGAGGGAAAUGAUGCCCAGCUUAUUUAUUUUGAAAGUGAAAAACGAGCCACAAAACCCAAAGGACUAAUAGACCUUAGCGUGUGUUCCGUCUAUGGAGUACAUGACAGUUUGUUUGGCAGGCCAAACUGUUUUCAGAUAGUAGUUCAGCACUUUAGUGAAGAGCAUUACAUCUUUUACUUUGCAGGCGAAACUCCAGAACAAGCACAGGACUGGAUGAAAGCUCUGCAGAUGUUCUGCAGUUUAAGAAAAACCAGUCCAGGAACAUCAAAUAAACGUCUGCGUCAGGUCAGCAGUCUUAUUCUGCAUGUAGAAGAAGCUCAUACGCUCCCAGUAAAGCAUUUUACUAAUCCAUACUGUAACAUCUACCUGAACAGUGUCCAGGUAGCCAAAACACACAUCAGGGAAGGGCAGAACCCUGUGUGGUCAGAAGAAUUUGUCUUUGACGAUCUUUCAGCUGAUAUUAAUAGAUUUGAGAUAAGUCUUAGUAACAAAACAAAGAAAAGUAAAGAUCCAGAUAUAUUGUUUAUGCGUUGCCAAUUAAGCCGAUUACAAAAAGGACAUGCAACAGAUGAGUGGUUUCAGCUCAGUUCCCAUGUACCAUUAAAGGGUAUUGAGCCAGGAUCUUUGCGUGUUCGAGCACGAUACUCUAUGGAGAAGAUCAUGCCAGAAGAGGAGUACAAUGAGUUUAAAGAGCUUAUACUCCAGAAGGAACUUCAUGUAGUCUAUGCCUUAUCACACGUUUGUGGACAGGAUAGAACACUGUUGGCUGGCAUUUUAUUGAAGAUUUUUCUUCAUGAAAAGCUUGAGUCAUUGUUGUUACGGACGCUGAAUGACAGGGAGAUAAGCAUGGAAGAUGAAGCUACUACCUUGUUUCGUGCCACAACAUUAGCAAGUACACUUAUGGAGCAGUACAUGAAAGCCACAGCAACAACUUUUGUUCACCAUGCACUGAAAGAUUCUAUAUUGAAGAUAAUGGAGAGCAAGCAGUCCUGUGAGUUAAAUCCAUCAAAGUUAGAAAAAAAUGAAGAUGUAAACACUAACUUGGCACAUCUACUUAGUAUACUUUCAGAAUUGGUGGAGAAAAUAUUCAUGGCUGCAGAGAUACUGCCUCCGACAUUGAGGUAUAUUUAUGGGUGCCUACAGAAGUCUGUUCAAAACAAGUGGCCAGCUAAUACCACCAUGAGAACCAGAGUUGUUAGUGGCUUUGUUUUUCUUCGACUGAUUUGUCCUGCUAUCCUGAAUCCAAGGAUGUUUAAUAUCAUCUCAGAUUCUCCUUCCCCCACUGCUGCAAGAACACUGACGCUGGUCGCCAAGUCUGUGCAGAAUUUAGCAAAUCUGGUUGAAUUUGGAGCUAAG